CGGGUCACACUGUGUGUGUGCGGUGGAGCUGUUUGGGGUGAGGCGAUGCGUUCGAUUAUGCAGAUUUCUGCGUAUUUUGCAGAAUGUUUCCAAUUUUCAUAUUUAUAUGAGACACGUAAGUCACGGGAGCGGAUUGAAUGCGUCAUGAUUCGAUGAACUAAAGUAGGUUGUUGCAUGCAAAAAGAAACUGACACUGUCACUGCGUGCUUCCCUCGCUGAAGGGGGUGAAAGUUGUGUUAGACAUGUUUUCCUGGUAGUGUUUUCUUUUACGGACGUACAGAGUGCAACAUUAUAACUUCAUUGUUGAUCGCGCGAUCGAUCCGUUAUUAUUAUGAAACGCAUUUCGUCAUGAUCUCAACGCAGGGAGAUCCUCCACUCGAGGGAAAGUUCGACUUUUGUUAUGACAUUUGUUGCGCACACUCCCGUCAUGGAGCGGCUGCAUGCUGUCGACUCUGAUCGAAACCAAAGUUGCAGUUCCGUGGAACUCGUGGAAUGCCUAUGUGCAACAUUGAGAAAGAUCCAAGGUCCUCACUCGGAGCAACCUACAGAGAUGGACAGCAAAUCUCAGAUGUGAGUUUGGACGGAGGGGUGUGUGCUCUCCACCCUUGGUCGUUUCCUUUGGGAUUUAUAUUUCCUCCCGAGUACCUCGGUUCACACAAUUAAAUAAAGCCAGACAGAACUCCUUCCCGGGACGUCAGGGGCCUUGCACAGGCCACAACCCCGGAACUGCUCAGACUUUGCUAUUUUCCAAGUGGCAUAACAUCACUAUGAGCCUUCCUGUUCAACAUAAAGUGAGUACUGACAAGAGUGGCCGGCAAAGGGCCGCCGACAUGAAAGAGGUUGUGCAGUCCUCCCAGGAUAACUAUUAUGGGAUUGCUCCCCCUGCUCUGGAGUCAAACCUUAACGAUUCUGGGAGCAGCGCUGGGAUUUACAACCCAGACAAAGGGGCACAAGGCCGCCUCCACUACCAACAGGCCCCCCCAGUAAAGUGGAUUCACCAGGACCCCCUACAGGGCUCAGGCUGGUCUCAGGACGCCCCGGUCCCCACUUGGGGUCCAAACUUUACUACCUACCCAGGUGGAGUGAGGGGCCCGACAGCGUUCCAUAAAGGGGGUCACGAUGUGGGGGGUGUGCAGAUGGGGGCCGUGGAGGCUCAGCCCCCCGGACCUGUGGAGGUUUACAGAGAGGGCCCCCAGGUGUACGCCCAGGCCCAGGCCCAGGCCCAGGCCCAGGUCCAGGUCCAGGCCCAGGCCCAGGCCCAGGUCCAGGUGAGGGGCCUGGAGUGGCAUCAGGCUCCGCUCCAGACCUUUCAACCACAUGGCAAUAAAGGCGUAGACAUCCAGGGUCAGUCCCACACCGCCUCCCACAACAUGCCUGGCUCUGUGCUGCAGCCCUUCCAGACGACCUUCAGGCCUGCCAAGCAACAGCAGUUCCCCCCUGGAUACUACCCGGUAUUCAACAAGGCCAUGCCUGGCCUCGGCUACACUGAGCAACCUAAAAGCCAACACCAUCUCCUCCAGCAACAGAUGCAGCAGCAGCAACAUCAACAAAUGCACCAACAGCAGCAGCAGCAGCAGCAACUUCAUCAUCGCCACGUGCUACAGCAGCAGCAGCAUGUGCAGCAACAUGUGCAACAACAGCACCAAAUGCAGCAGCAGCAGCAGCAGCAGCAGCAUCAAAUACAGCAGCAACACAUGCAGCAGAUGCAGCAGCAGUAUCAACAGCAACAGCGGAGGCAACAGAUCCAACAAAUGCACCAACAGCAGCAGCAGCAGCAGCAGCAGCAGCAGCAGCAGAAACAGCAGCAGCAGCUACAGCCACAACACGUUGCACCGCCAGAGACUUUGCAUUUGCAUGGGCAGCCAAAGCCGACCCAGAACUUCCAGUCCUACCAGUCUCCCGAGCCCAACGCGUCCGUGGCCGGCGCUCAGAAAGAAACCGUCCAGACCGCGGGCGGCGCCAGACAGGAAGCGGAGAUCCAAUCCAGCGGCGACUCCUCGGCCACCGUGGAGUUGUCCCCCGACAAGGUGUUGUACUCCAAGCCCCCGGGCGCGGCGGGAGCGGCGGGCGGCUCCAGUGUCCCGCCCCGCCGCUCCCGCCGCCUCUCCAGGGACGGGCAGUCCCCGGGCGCCUACGAGCCCUGGACCCCUCCGCCGCUCUCCAAGAACGGCCUGCCGGCGGGGGCGGAGGGCCUGGUGACCACCGGGGGGGUGAUCCAGAGCACCCGGCGCAGGAGGAGGGCGUCGAAGGAGAUCAACCUCGAGACCCUGGCGCAGCAGGCGUCGGAGCGGGAGUCCCUUCCCCCAAGGGGGGGCAAGCUGGGGGAGGACGGCGCCCCCGUGGGCAAGCAGGCGGGCGGCAUGGGGCCCCUGGUCAUCCCCGUGUCGGUGCCCGUGUCCGGCGGCCAGGGGACUCUGGGGAGCCCCUGGAGAGGGAGGAUGGACCCGGGAGACCACCACCGGCUCGCCCACAGCGACCACAAGCUGUCCGUCAUCGUGGCCCGCCGGCGCUCCCUCAGAGGGUCGCUCUCCGAGAGCUCCGCUCAGGACGACGACGACCACGAGGCCAAGGCCAGGGGCCGGUCGAAGCGGCCGCGGCCGGAGCCCCUCUUCAUCCCGCCCCCCAAGCUGUCCACCUACAUCGCGCCCUCCGUCUACUCCAGCAUCACGCCCUACCAGAGCCACCUGCGCUCGCCCGUCCACAGCCUGCCGGACCACCCCCUGGCGCUGCCCCCCUACACCCCGCCCCCCAUCCUGUCUCCGGUGCGCGGCGGCUCGGGCCUCUACUUCUCCACCUUCCUGUCCAACAUCGCCGCGGGCAACCAGGGCGGCCCGCCCCCGACGCUGCCGCCGUCGACGACCCUGCCGCCGCCGACCCUGGCGCCGCCGAGCCUGCCGCCGCCGGCCACGCCCAAGUCUUCGACACGCAGCCUCCUGCGCUCCGUCAGUUCAGACCCCACUCCACCAGUCUUGCCAUUGAUUACUGAUGCAACCGCUGUCAGCUUUGAUCCGCGCAUCAACAUUGGCCAGCAGUACCAGGCAGAGGUCCCGGAGCUACGCCGGGACUCCGCCCUGCCGCCGGACGAGCACCGGGCGGACCUGCUGUGGCUUCCCAAGGCGGAGCCGCUCACCCAACAGGACGAGCCGGACUACCUGGAGGACUUCAUGAACCUGGCCUGUUCCAGCGUGCUCCGCGGCGGGGGAACCAAUCAGGAGCUGGCUCUACACUGUUUGCAUCAAUGUGGAGGGAACGUCCUGGAAACACUGAAACAUUUAAUGCAGGAGCAGCCAGUCUUCCCCAAAGGCCAUCACAUGGCCGACUAUCACUACUCGGGAUCAGAUUGUUGGACUGCAGCAGAGAAGCGCUACUUCAACAAGGGGAUCUCUGCCUACAGGAAGGACUUCUUCAUGGUGCAAAAACUGGUGCAGACGAAGACAGUGUGCCAGUGCGUGGAGUUCUACUACACCUUUAAGAAACAGAUCAAGAUGGGUCGCAACGGGGCCCCUACCUACGGCCCCCCGGACUCACCCGAGAAGAGUGCGGAGGCUGCGGCGGACAUUAAGGUGGAAAGGGACGACCAAAGGGAAAGAGACUCCUGCGAUCAGACCCAAGAUGGCAGCCUGGCACGAGUCACUCAGUCCCUCCAAGCCCAUGAUUAUGCGGGCUCCAUGGUGCUGAUGGAGAAGCUGGAAGGCCUGAAGAAGGCCACCCAGCCCCAGGCCCACCCCGUGCCUGCCCCGCGCAAGCCCCGCCCAGAGACGGCCGGCCGGAAGAACCGGGCGCCCUCCAAACCCUCCCAGGACCCCGAGGGGGUCUUCCCCUGCAAGAAGUGCAGCAGGGUUUUCACCAAGGUGAAGAGUCGCAGCGCCCACAUGAAGAGCCACGCCGAGCAGGAGAAGAAGGCGGCCGCCCUGCGGCUCCGGGAGCAGGAGGAGGAGGAGCGGGUCGCCAGCGCCGCCGCCGCCCAGGCCAGGAAGGAGGAGGAGGAGGAGGUGGAGGUGGAGGUCCAGGCGGCGGCCGCACUGGCGUCGGCCGCCGUGGCGUCGGCAGCCCUAGCGGCGACGAUAGCGGUGCCCGGGGGCGAGGGCGGCGUGGAAGGGACCGCGGGGGCGGAGCCGGAGGAGCCCAGCAGCAGCAGGGAGGAGUCGUCCGAGCCGGAGGAUGAGAACGAUAAGGAUUGGCAAUGAACACGAUAGAAAAAUAGAAAAUUGAAAUCCACGUUUGCUUGUUGUGUAGAAAAAAAAAGAAAGGAGUUGGAUGAUUGCAAAGCAACCGGGGCGGACGGAGAGGCUGCGCGGAUGGACUCGGAGGCGAGCUCGGGGUUCUUAGGGCAGGCGACUCAAACGAUGGAGAGAGAGAGAGGGCGCACUCACACUAGGCCAUCUGUACCGUGCCCAAGCCUGUUUCACACCUGUACCGUGCUCAAGUACGAUUGGUGGCUAUUGUUAGCGUGCUAUUGCACAUGCCAUGGAAUCACACUCCUACAGUUUUAAGACAAAUUUGUAUCUAUUUUAACUUUUACAACGGGAUAUAUAUAUAUAUAUAUAUAUAUAUAUAUAUAUAUAUAUAUAUAUAUGGAGGUAUUUUUGUUGAUGAAAAAAAUUGGUUUACCGGUAUACUGUUCACUUUUGCUUUUGCCAAAAAAUGCUUAUUGUUUGUACUGUUUUAUUUAAUUGAAAUGAUCAAAAUAUUACUUUUUCAUCGUCGGACGCACUUAUAUUUUUUGUAACAUGUUUUAUAAGGAAACAUAAUCAGGGGAUUUCUUUUUUGUCUUUUUACCCGGAGCAAGAUUUUUCUACUUUAAUACCAUAAACAUUUAUCAGAUAUUUGUGUUUGAAUAUCCUAAAGAAAAUACUGAUGUGAUUUUUAUGUUCUCUAAGAUGGUUGCACAGUUAUUCUUCUAUUAAGGGGCCUUAAAAUUGAUGUUUUAUGUAAAAAAAAAAGUAUAUGUAUUAAAGUCCAUAUAUUUAUGAUUGUUUUGUUCUACCAAUCACAUCAGAUAUUUUCUGAACCAGGAAAUGUUCUCUUUAUAUACUACCUGUAUCGGAUAAAAGGGUAGAAGCAGUGAGUUCAUGUGAGUCAACGAUUACAUCACCUGGAACGAGGUACGUCCAUGAUGGAUGACGAGUUAUGGUCACGAGGUGUGGUCACCACGUUUCCCAUGUGUGUGUAUAUAUAUAUAUAUAUAUAUGGUGUAUAUAUAUGGAGACAGCCAUCAUUUAACUGGACCAUUGAGACACACAUAGGCCUACGGUUAUGUACUAGCCUACUUGCCUUUUUCUGCAGUCUCAUAGUUUUAAAUAAUAUUCAAAGAAAUGUAAAGAAAGAACAUUUUUCCUUUAUAUUAUAUUUGAAUUCUUAAAGCGUGUGCCUCGGUUAUCUUGUGUGUUUGUAACAAUUCCUUCAUUAACGUGACAGUCCAUUGGCCAUGCUGCUGCCGCGACUACUUCCUCUACCACCUCUGUAAUGCGCCCAUCCCCAGGGGCCAUCCACAGGGCCCCUGCUGUUCCCGGGCCCUCGGCUCCCUCUCACGUUCUCCUCGGUGUCUCAAACGACAUGCGUUCACAUCACAGCCCGUAAGAAUUAGCCUGUACUAUAGCCUAUUAGGCUGACUGUAGCCUUUAUCUUCUCUCAUACUGAAUGCAGGUGCCGGGAAUGCAGAGGCUGGCAUCUUCACACGUUGUUCCAUACCAAGGUAUCUUCAAAAGCUAUCUGAGUCACAUGAAUUUAUCAUUUUAAUCUAGCUUCCUUCACGGCGUGAAGGUGUCUGUACUCAAUCGCUGUUGAGUAAUGGUUUCAUUUGGCAUCUCCGGAGGGUGUUCAAAUUGAAACUUGCACAUGAUGGGAUUCAUCAGAAUAAUGUGGUGUGUGUGCACAGGUUUGUUCUCACUUUGAGUAGCGAGGUAAACUGCUGAUGAAUAUUGUAGGCUCAAGAGCAAGAUCCCACGCCCACACGGAUGAAUGAAUCAUAGUACUAUCUUUCUGGCCCCCGCGGAAGGCUUCAUCAUUAUCCAGAAUCUGAUUAUUCUUGAUUCUGAUAUUAUGUUGUUCUGCUUGUUAAUGAACGCAUUACAAUUGUGGUCGUGAAUUAUGACCACAGUAAGGAGCACUCGUUUUUUAAAUCCACAUCUCUUGUUUACUUAAGGAAGAGUUCACAGCAAUACAAAAUAUCAGAUAAGCACAAAAAUCCCCGUGGGUGAAAAUAUCCCAUCUCUGUCUUUAUAAAAUAACGAUUCAUAUUAAACCCUGAAAUAAAUUAACAAAGAGUAAAAAAAAACAGAUCAUUAGACCAAUGGGGUCUCGGACAAUGACCACUGUUACAUCAAAGGCUACUUCUUCACAGCAAAGGUCGUCAAGGCAUUGUGGCGUUCGUGAGAAGUCUUUCACAGAGGGAGGUAAUAGACAAUCUGAUGGUUGUAUGAGCUAGCCCCGGGGGUCCCUAGGGGCUCGGACACGCCGCCGACUCCUGC